GACGGAUCUCCUUCGCGACCCUCUGGCUAGCGCGGGGCAUCAGGAUAACAGGACAUCAAGCAGCCCAUCAACUGGGUUGACCCGCCCUCGCCGCAUCAGCUACAGAGAUCCGUCCCGAAAGCUACCAUCGAAAACGAGCAAGGCGUCUCCAGUCGACGGGGCUUGCUGGUUGUGCCUGUCAGAAUCGAACACGUUCAGCGAUUCCUUGUUGCUAUUUUAUUUUUCUUCGCCAGAGGAACGAAGAAAAGACCCCACGGUGGAGGGGCAGGAUCGUGAUUCCGAGGCAGGCGAACAAAAUAGGCAGGCAAGCUCGCGUCCAAUUUGCAGAGCUCACGCAGUCCCAGCAACUCCCAGGAAACACGGUAACACUCUGAGUAUCUCUGCCGCAGGCACCUUACCUGUCCGCUCUUUUCGUUUGGGCUCGACUUGAGAAGGGAAUUUUUGGUCUUGUGUGCGCCGUGUGAGUCGCCGUGUGCCCUCUUCUCCUCACAUCCAACAAUGGCAUCUCCUGCCCAGUCGCUGCCCACGAAGGUGGUCGCGGGCGUGACGGUGCCGGACACGCCGCUCAUCACCAAAGCCCUGGACUACGUGCGCCAGUACUCGACCGACGACACGUACAACCACAUCGUGCGGUCGUUCCUGCUGGGCUUCGUCAUCGCCGACAAGGUGUUGCCGGCGCGCGACCGCGAGGCGCACGCCGUCGCCGCCAUCAUGCACGACCUGGGCUUCCCCAUCGGCCACCCGCCGCACUCGGCCCUCAUCUCGCCGGACAAGAGGUUUGAGGUCGACGGGGCCAACGCCGCACGGGGGUUUCUGAUCAAGGAGGCCCCGGAAGGCGAGUGGGACAAGCACCGGCUGCAGCUGGUCUGGGACGCCAUCGCCCUGCACACCAUCGGCAGCAUCGUGUUCGAGAAGGAGCCCGAGGUGCAGGCCUGCAGCUACGGCAUCUGGGCCGACUUUCAGGGCCCCGACCGCGUGCCCGGCGGCCUGCUGAGCUGGGACGAGUAUAACCCCGUGGUCAAGGAAUAUCCCCGACUGGACCUCAUGAAAGGACUCAAGGCCAACAUGUGCCAUCUCUGCGAGCUGAAGCCCCAGACCACGUACGACAACACGGUGGGUGAGUGGGGGGACCGGUACGUCGAAGGGUAUAGCAGGAAAGGGAAGUUGACGCAGGACCUGCUCGAGACGUGUAACCUCGACGAGCUGUAAAUAAUACUACUACUAUUCAAGAGGGUUGACUCAGUUUUACUUUCCCUUCCACCCUAGAACAUGC